AUGACAGGCGUCGCUGCGCUGCACCGCGCCACUGGGGACCCCUCGCUGCGCGAGUAUAUGCGGUCUUUCGGCGAGCGCUACCACUGGGACUUUUGCAACUCAGACGCUGGAAACCCCGACAACCAGAUCUGCGCGGCCUCCUAUGCGGACCUGUACCUUACCUCCCCGCCGUCCGAGCGCAACGCCGCGUGGCUGGCCCCGACGAUCGCGCACUAUGAAGCAGAGAUGGCCGCCCGGCCGCCCUACGACGCCGACCGCUGGCGCUGGGUCGACACGCUUUUCAUGGGCAUGAGCGUGUACGCGCGAAUCGCGAACAUCACCGGCGACCCGCGGUACGCGCAGCAGGCCUUCAAGAACUUUGACUUUGCGGCGGGAAGCCAGGGCUACCAGUUCUGGUCGCAGCGCGACUCCCUCUUCUACCGGGACCCCCCAAAGUGGGGCCAGGCGUACGUGCCUGAAGGCGUCUACUGGAGUCGAGGCAACGGCUGGGCCAUGGGGGCGCUCGUGACCGCGCUGCAGUUUUCGGGCCCGGCCGACCCCCACCGCGCGGUUUACGAGGGCGUCUUCAAGCGCCAGGCGGCGCGCCUGCUGCGGCUGCAGGGCGCGCGCGGCUGCUGGCCGGUCUCGCUGACGCGGCCCGAGGCGGACCCCGCGCCCGAGACGACGGGCACGGCGCUGUUCGCUUACGGCAUGGCCUGGGGCGUGCGCGCAGGGGUGCUGGAUGCGGCGGAGUACGGCCCCGCGCUGGAGCGCGCGUGGGGCUGCCUGUCGGGCACGUCGCUGCAGCAAAGCGGCCUCGUGGGUUACUGCCAGCCGGUUGGGGACCGGCCGGGGGGCGGCGGCGGCGCCAACGCGACAAGCAGCUUCUGCGUGGGUCAGUUCCUCUUAGCGGCGUCCGCUCUGGCGCAGAUCGCCCCACAG